GGCAGAGAGCCGGAGAGGUGGCGUGCUGGCGGCCAGCAACAGAGUGAGAGGGCAGAGGCGUGUCUGGGCGGGGGGCGGCAGGUGCGGUUACGGGUGAUGGUGAACAGGCGUGACUGGGUGAGUAGGAACUAAGAAAGUGUAUGAGGCGGCAACCGAGCCAUGGUGCCGCUGACGAUCCAGUUGAGACGGCUCAGGCUUACGGCUUACCUCGUUUGACGACCGAGCCGAUCUGAAGCGAGCUUUAUUUGCAGCCGUAAGCUGCACGGCCUCCACCCCCGCCGCGCUGCACUCACUACCCCCUCUCCUCGGCACUGCCCCAAAACUGCCCCGGGCAAAUGGACAAGGCGCCGCUGUGAUCCCUCCAUCUCGCACCUCGUUCUCCUGCCACAGCACCGCGAUGGCCGCCGCCGCCGCCCGACCACUCCUGCUCUUUGCCGCACUCCUCCUCGCGGCGGCCGCGGCGACGAUGAGGACCAGCGCGCUGACCGACGACGUGCUCGCGCUGGUUGUCUUCAAGACCGGCGUCUCGGACCCGUCGGGCCGCCUCGCCGUGUGGACCGAGGACGACGACCGUCCUUGCUCCUGGCCGGGAGUCGGCUGCGACGCGCGCACCGGCCGCGUCACCUCGCUCUCGCUCCCGGCCGCGUCGCUCUCGGGCCACCUUCCGCGCGCGCUGCUCCGCCUCGACGCGCUCCUCUCCCUCACCCUCCCCCGCAACAGCCUCUCCGGACCCGUGCUCCCCAACCUCCUCGCCGCGCUCCCGCGCCUCCGUUCCCUCGACCUGUCCUCCAACCGCUUCGCCGCCCCCAUCCCCGCCGAGCUCUUCGCUCAAUGCCGCGCCGUCCGCGCCAUCUCCCUCGCCCACAACCAUCUUUCGGGCUACAUCCCACCCGCCGUCGCGUCCUGCUCGUCGCUCGUGUCCCUCAACCUCUCGUCCAACCGCCUAGCCGGCCCCAUCCCUGACGGGCUCUGGUCGCUGCCUUCGCUCCGGUCGCUGGACCUCUCCGGCAACGAGCUAUCCGGGAGAGUGCCUGGGGGAUUCCCCCGGAGCAGCUCGCUGCGGGAGGUGGAUUUGAGCCGCAACCUCCUCGCCGGGGAGAUACCGGCCGACGUCGGGGAGGCGGCGCUGCUAAAGUCGCUGGAUUUUGGGCAUAACUUGUUCACUGGCGGCCUGCCGGACUCGCUCCGGAGGCUGACCGGGCUGCGGUUCCUUAGCGCCGACAGCAAUACGCUCACGGGGGAGCUGCCGGUGUGGAUCGGGGAAAUGUGGGCUCUAGAACGGCUUGACUUGUCGGGCAACCGCUUCGCCGGCGCCAUCCCCUACACCAUCGCGAACUGCAAGAACCUGGUGGAGGUCGACCUAAGCCGUAAUGCGCUCACCGGCGAGCUCCCCUGGUGGGCGUUCGGCCUGCCACUGCAGCGCGUCUCUGUCGCCGGCAACAAGCUGUACGGGUGGGUCAAGGUGCCCGACGACGCUGCAAUGGCGUUGCGUGUGCUGGACCUGUCGAGCAACGCGUUCUCCGGCGAGAUCCCGCCGCGGAUCACCGCCUUUGCGGGUUUGCAAUCUCUGAACCUGUCCUCGAAUUCCAUGUCGGGGCAGCUGCCGGCCGGCAUUGGCGGGAUGAGGCUGCUAGAGGUGCUCGACGUGAGUGCUAACCGGCUCGACGGAGGCGUGCCACCAGAGAUUGGCGGUGCGGUGGCGCUCCGGGACCUGCGGAUGGGGAGGAAUUCGCUCACCGGGCGCAUCCCGGCGCAGAUCGGGAACUGCAGCUCCCUCAUUGCACUGGAUUUGUCACACAAUUGCCUGGCAGGGUCAAUUCCUAACACCAUGGGCAACCUGACCAGUCUCCAGGUGGUCGAUCUUUCUCAGAACAAGCUGAAUGGGACCCUACCAGUGGAGCUAUCUAAUCUGCCCAGCCUCCAUAUCUUUGAUGUCUCCCACAACAUGCUGUCAGGGGACCUCCCGAAUAGCCGCUUCUUCAACAACAUCCCUGAGUCCUUCCUCGCGGAAAAUUCUGGUCUCUGUAGCUCACGGAAGAACAAUUCAUGCAAUGCAGUUAUGCCGAAGCCCAUUGUGCUCAACCCCAACUCCUCGUCAAACCCCUCGUCGCAGGCCACACCUAGUGCCCCAAGCAACAUGCACCACAAGAGAAUCAUACUGAGCAUCUCCUCCCUCAUUGCCAUUGCGGGCGGGGCUGCCAUUGCUAUUGGGGUGGUCACCAUAUCUGUGCUCAACCGCCGUGUUCGUGCCCGUGGAGCCGCCUCCCGCUCAACACCUGCUAUUGCAUUAUCUGAUGACUACCUUAGCCAAUCCCCUGAGAAUGAUGCUAGCUCCGGGAAGCUUGUCAUGUUUGGUAAGGGCAGCCCUGAGUUCAGCGCCGGUGGGCAUGCCUUGUUGAAUAAAGAUUGUGAGCUUGGGCGUGGAGGCUUCGGUGCAGUCUACAAGACCGUGCUCAGAGAUGGACAGCCGGUUGCCAUCAAGAAGCUUACUGUCUCUAGCUUGGUCAAGUCAAAGGAUGACUUCGAGCGAAAAGUGAAGUUGCUUGGCAAGGUGCGGCACCACAAUGUCGUCACACUCAGAGGCUUCUACUGGACUUCAUCACUGCAGCUCCUCAUCUAUGAUUACCUGCCUGGAGGGAAUUUGCAUGAACACCUGCACGACUGCACUGAAGAUAAGUCACUUUCCUGGAUGGAGAGGUUUGACAUCAUCAUCGGUGUUGCCAGGGGCCUGACAUAUCUGCACCAGCAUGGGAUCAUCCAUUACAAUCUCAAGUCAAGCAACGUGCUGCUAGACAGCAAUGGCGAGCCCAGGGUCGGCGACUAUGGGCUUGCCAGACUGCUGCCGAUGCUUGACCGGUACGUCCUGAGCAGUAAGAUCCAGAGUGCACUUGGGUACAUGGCCCCAGAGUUCGCAUGCAAGACGGUGAAGAUCACGGAGAAGUGCGAUGUCUAUGGCUUUGGGGUGCUUGUGCUGGAGGUCUUGACGGGCAGGAGGCCCGUCGAGUACUUGGAAGAUGACGUCGUUGUGCUGUGUGAUUUGGUCAGAAGCGCGUUGGAGGAAGGCAGACCAGAGGACUGCAUGGAUCCGCGACUAUGCGGCGAGUUCCCCGUGGAUGAGGCCCUGCCGAUCAUCAAGUUGGGCCUUCUCUGCACCUCGCAGGUGCCAUCGAACCGACCUGACAUGGGUGAGGUGACGAACAUACUUGAGCUGGUGAGGAGUCCUCAGGAUAGUGCCGAGGAUGAGCUGGUUUGAGCUAUUUGAAAUUUAUGUUAUUGGCCUUGAGAUUUUUCUUUUGUUUUCUGAUAUGCAUAUAUGAUGCCCAAUGGGGGAAGAAAAAGGAGGAUGCAGAGAGUGGAAAUGCUUGUAAUCUGUUCAAAAUUUUAGGGAUGCAAGGGUGUUUGUUGCUUCUCUGAAAUUAUUUGAUUGCUUGGUUGGAAGAAUUUCUAGCUCAUCUAGGUAUUCACUCGCGGCAUAACUGGAUGACUGAUGUUCUUUGACAGCUCUGCUGAUACUGUGUUGUUUGACAGAUUAAAUUGCCCAACAUUUCUUUAAUUGAAAUGUUUGUUAGUUUUUUGUUC